UACUUGUGCACAUUACUUCCGCCUCACAUUGUUCUUUUCGGCUGUGCAAUGAAGACCUCAGGGUUACUGUUCAUCUUAUUCAAAGCAGUGGUGCUCAUCCACUUCUGGGUAACUAAGAAGACAGUGGACUCAGUGGAGCUGUUGGCCCCUGAAGAGGUAUCGGGGACGUUUGGGGGAUCGGUGACCAUCCAGUGUCAGUACAGCUUUGGAUUCAAAGACCACACAAAGUACUGGUGCAGAGGACCUGUCUACUAUUUCUGUAAGAUAGAAGUGAAAACGCCUAGAAAUCGUGUCAACGACAGAAUCUUCAUUACUGAUACCAAGGAAGCAGGAGUCUUCACUGUAACCAUGACUCAACUUACACAAAGCGAUGAAGACGUGUAUUGGUGUGUCAUCGCCACAAGUGGAACAAACAUCUAUAAAUCUGUGAGGGUCUCCAUCUCCAACACAGUGAUAACCCCACCAAUGAGAACAGUGAGCAGUUCAUCACUGAUACUUACCGAAGGUGAAACGUGCUGGUGGGAAACUCUACGUUGGAUCCUCUUAUUUGUUAUGUUGGGUUGUUUGGCUUUAACACAUAUAACUGUGUGGAGGAAACGGAAGACAAGGAAUACACAGCCAGUUAUCUAAAUGUUGACAAGUUUGCUUUUCUUUUCUUUUUUGUACCAAACUGAUAAGAUUCUUCAUUCCUCUUUCAAUUUUCUAGUUGGUAAGAUAACUUGUAGCCCAUUUUUUCAAUAACCAAACAACUUCGAUGAACAAAACUGCUGACCUGGUUUUAACUGGCUUUAAGUGAACAGAUUAGGUAAUCAUUGGUUUGUUUUGCUCUUUUUUGUGGGCAUUAUGGAUUAACCACUAAACUAGACAGUUUCUUCCUCUCAGCAUUGUUUAACACUUUUUCAACAGCACAGACUUCUGUUUCUUGGCCUGAAUGAUGUGAAAUAGCCUCACGGUGUGUGUUUGAAUCAUAAACAGCAAUGACUUCCAGUUGCAAGUUAAUUACUUUCAAAUUGCUUCUAAAAUGUUUACAGUCAGGUAUUCUCUAGGAGUUGGCCAUUAUAAUUACUGAUCCUUGUCAGAAAAAUGUGAUUAUUUUGUUUCUUAUAGCUGAGUAAAGUUGGACUGAAUUGUGCCCGUAAGUCUUUCAAGACAACCACAUUGUGGCAUUUUCCUACAUGUUUGUUAAUACUGCGUACACCUCUGCAAUCUAAUGCAAUAAUCUUGCUGUUUUCUGAAUGUUCUCAGGCAGGAUUUGUCUUGUUUGCUGUAAUUGUUGCAUUGAUUUGCUGGAUGUAUGCAAUGUUGUGAUGAAUUUAAUUAAAGACUGUUUCUCACA